AUGCACAAGAGCAGUAAAUUAAAUUAUUUUUUGAUUCUUUGCACUAUUCACAGGUGUGGAGGAACAGUGGGGGCAAUUGUCACUUGCCCAUUGGAAGUGAUCAAGACUAGGCUCCAGUCCUCGGGCUUAACACUUCGGUCAGUCUACAUUCCACAAGUCAACCUUAAUACAAUCAACGGACCAGGAGUGGUUCGGCCAGCACGUGUAGUACCAGGACUUUUCCAAGUUCUAAAAUCUAUUCUAGAAAAAGAGGGACCAAGGUCACUUUUCAGAGGACUGGGACCUAACCUGAUUGGCGUAAUUCCAUCCAGAGCAAUCUACUUUGCUGCCUACUCCAAAGCCAAGGAGAAAUGUAAUGCAGUCUUUGUACCACACUCUAAUGUUGUCAACAUGUGUUCUGCUGGCUUCGCAAGCUUUAUUACAAAUACAAUGAUGAAUCCUAUUUGGUUGGUCAAAACAAGAAUGCAACUGGAAGGCAGGAAACGAGGUGAGAAAGCAACAAAUGCUUUCCAAUGUGCAAGGCAUGUCUAUCAGACGGACGGAUUCAAAGGAUUUUACAGAGGUUUGACUGCUUCAUAUGCUGGGAUCUCGGAGACUGUGAUUCAUUUUGUUAUUUAUGAAGCUUUGAAGAAACAUUUGGAGGAAUGGAGGUUCACCGUGCGGGAGAACGACAAGAAUGUUUCAGACUUCCUAGGAUUGAUGAUUGCUGCUGGAAUUUCAAAGACAUGUGCAUCUUGUACUGCUUACCCUCAUGAAGUAAUAAGGACAAGGUUACGGGAGGAAGGCACGAAGUACAAGGCUUUUUUGCAAACUGCACGUUUGGUGGCUAUAGAGGAAGGCUAUAGUGCCUUCUACAGAGGACUGCAAGCCCAGCUAAUUCGCCAGAUUCCAAACACUGCCAUAAUGAUGACCACAUACGAACUGAUUGUACAUGUCUUGGGAUCGUGUCAGAAAUAAACAGACACUCAACAAUUGAUGGAUUCUGUUUAGUUGCAGUGCAAUGUCAUUAUAAUGACCCACAAAACUAGUGGGGGGGGGGGAAUGUAAGACGUCACUGACCAGAUUAGAUACUGUUCAUGCAAAGCACAAGGCUGAGAUUCUCCUCCUGGAUCCGAGCUGGGGUGUGGUUCAGAUGCCAUUCCUGACGUUGACUUCCUUGGUUAACCACAGAUAAUGUAACCAGGGCACCUGCUGUGCAAAGUGUACAUGUAAUUUAUAGGUGCCAGGACAUCUCCAGACUGCAUCUUCUGUCAUCUGUUAUUAUUCACUUCAUGUUUGAAUGUUAAAAUUAGCCACUUGGGCAAUUUACCAGAUGAUUGUAUUUGACUGGUUAAAACAGCAAGGUUCAUUUCUGACAGAAAAUGUACAGAAACAUUGUCAGACCGAUUUUUGUUUUUCUCUCUGAAAAUAAUCUGUGCAGUGAUAGCUUAUGCAUUGGCCUCUAGACAUCACUAUUUAUUUUAAAGAUGAACAAGUAAACUUGCAAAUUUAAUUUGUUUCCUUUCUCCUCUUAAAGCAUAGGAUAUUUUUUGACCUUCAGGAAACUAUUAGAAAGGAGUGUAUGUAUAUAUGUAUGUGGAUUCUGUAGUUCAGGCAGUGGAAUGUGUUUAUACUGAGUGCAGUAUGAAAUGCAUGCUACACGCUGCAGACAAGAAAAUUACAGCAAAAUGUUAAUUUAUUUAGUUGUUUAAUGUGUCUCAACAAAAUGUGGAACUCACAAAUGUGUUUGUUAUUUUGAAGGGAAAUCUACACCUUAUUUGCUGCCAGGCAAACAGAUAACAUUGCUUUGCUAUUUGAUCCCUUUUAAUUAUCUUUGCUUACAACUGAGUCUCCCAAAAUAUUUAGAUUGCCCAGAUUUCAGUCUUAACUGAAAAUCAAAAUUUUUGGCAUUUGUAUGUAUUUAAAAUCACUAACAUCUGCAAUAUUGUUAAUUCAUUGAAACUUCAAUUUCACAAUUAUAUCAACGGAAUGUUAGAACCUGCAAUAGCGAUAGUUUGAAAAAUAUUCUACUAUUAACUUCAAUAAGUGUGCCUUAUUACAGUUCACCAAUGAUCAAACUAACAACGGAGUGGAAUAAAAAUAUCUUUGGUUGCAGGUUUUUAUUUAUAGUUAUUACAGACUCAUUCCUACCUCUCUCUUCCCCUCAUGCUUAAAACAUUUCAUUUGGUGUCUGUAAUAAGGGAGGGAAGGGAAGAAGAGAAGCGAUGCUACUGUAAUACAUUAAAAAAUAAUUUAAAGGGAUAUCAGUGUACUAGAUAAAGCCAGGAUGAGACUUUAGUAGAUGAUAACCUUUUGAGGGACAUAAAUAAUCAGUAUAGCGUGUGUUCAGCAUGUGUUACUGUUAACUUUCUUUUCAAAAUGUUCUGAAUUAUUUGAAAAUUCCCAUCUGAAUAAAAUAUUUUCACCGUUAA